UUUAUAGAAUGCGCCACGGCAGCAGCGCACAGUGACAGCAGCAGCAGCAGCGAGACGCUCGAGUGCGAGCGAGCAGCAACAAAAUCGACAACGGAUAGUAACAUUUCAUUGUUGUUCGUCGUGCGUGGAGGUGGUGCACCCGUCAAUUAUAGUUUCGCGUAGUCACAUACAUCCGCCGUCCUCUACUUAUACACAUACCUACAUACAUACAUAAGACCGCUAACACGGAAAAGGUCCGCAACCGUGUUAUACAACAAAAUUAAUAGUGUGCAAAUUAAAGUACGCCGGCAAUCGAUGUGAAUUUGUCCUUCAACUUCAACCCAGUUGCGUGCCCCCACAUCUAAAUUCACCGCAAAUAAUAAUAGUAGUAGCAACGCCAACAUUCAACGAACGUGUGUGUGUGUGUUUCUGUGCGUGUGUGAGUGCGCGCAACGUAAGGCAAUAUCAUCCAAAGUGCGUGCUCGCGGUCGCUUAUCAGCUGCUCGCUGGUGGCAGUGCCUGUAAACUCGCUGCGAAAGUUGUGGCGAAAGGCAGAAGCGAAGAGAAAUCACACUGUCAAAGCAAAAGAAACGCCAAUAACGCAAGCAACGCGGCUGCUCACUGAACUUUUUUUUUCGUAAUUGUAAAAGAGAUUCUAAUAAGAAAUUUAUUUGGGAUAUCAAAGUCAAUUCCAAAUUCCAACAGAGGCCAACAACGCCAUGAAUAUGGAUGACUACGAAUCGCUGCCGACGACCAGCGUCGGUAUUAAUAUGACUGCUGGCGCGCUAGCGGGCGUAUUGGAGCAUGUUGUCAUGUAUCCGCUGGACUCGGUUAAGACACGCAUGCAGAGUCUUACAUCGCCUACAGCUCAUUUGAACAUCAUGGCUACGUUACGGAACAUGAUCUCGCGAGAGGGACUCAUGAGACCCGUGCGUGGAGCAAGCGCUGUGGUACUUGGCGCUGGACCCGCCCAUUCAUUAUAUUUUGCUGUCUAUGAGAUGACAAAGGAAUCGCUGACGAAAGUCACAUCACACAAUCAUCUAAACUAUGUGGUGUCCGGCUCUGUGGCGACCCUCAUACACGAUGCCAUUUCCAAUCCCACGGACGUGAUCAAGCAGCGCAUGCAAAUGUACAACUCGCCAUAUACCUCGGUAAUACGAUGCAUGCGGGACGUUUACCUCAAGGAGGGAAUCCGUGCCUUCUAUCGCUCCUACUCAACGCAGCUGGUCAUGAAUAUACCAUAUCAGACAAUUCAUUUUACAACAUAUGAAUUUCUACAGAACAUGUUAAAUGUGGAGCGCAAGUAUAAUCCAGUGGUGCAUAUGGCAGCUGGAGGAGCGGCUGGUGCAGCUGCAGCGGCCAUAACGACGCCAAUGGACGUGAUUAAGACUCUGCUUAACACGCAGGAAACAGGACUCACCAAGGGCAUGCUGGAAGCCAGCCGAAAAAUUUAUCGAAUGGCCGGAGCCCGUGGAUUCUUUAAGGGUAUAACGGCACGUGUGCUGUACUCCAUGCCCGCCACAGCAAUCUGUUGGUCCACGUACGAGUUCUUCAAGUUCUAUUUGUGCGGCUUGAAGCCGGAGGAGUAUAAAUCGUCAAUUACGGGCCGCUCUGAGCUGGCGAAGCCCAAAGCUAAUGUCGACUACGUGUUGCCCAAGAGUGAGGCCGAUGAGCAAGGCGAAGACUUGGCAGACCUCACGGUCAAGGAGGUAACAACGAUUCACCAGCCGGCACCGCCAAGUGUGAGUGCGUCCGGUGCCAUUAAAACGGUCUGUGAGCUAUCGACACGAACCGCGGCGCCCACUAUCAACAUGCAUACGAGGCACACGGAAGUGAAGAGUCCGUAUGAGCGGGGAUUCUCCAGUACGUAAGCUGGGCACGUAAACAGCAGCGACUAAAAAUAAGCGUAGCUUUUAGUUAAGAGAGCAGCCGGAGCGAAGCAUAAUAUGUGUAUGUAAAUAUUUGGUGAAGAAUGAGGAGAAGACUGCGAUGGUGUCGGACACAGCGUUUGAAACGCUUGGCGACUGCCAUUGCCCGUUCUUUGCCCUUCCUUUUGGCUGCUUUUGUUUGAAUAAUCGGCGUGGAGUCGGUAUGAGAGUUUUAUCACUCCAUAGUGGGAGGUUAAAUUGUAGUUGUUGUUGUGCACAAAACUCUUACAAGCCCCUCCCUCCUCCCCCCCCCCUAUACACAAACACAC